UGGCAGAGUCAGAGAGCACUACCAAAACAUCAUAAAAGCCAUGCAAACCAUGAGAAAACCAGUGAAAUAUUGGAAGACAAAUAGCCUAGAAAUCAAGAUCUCUGAGAUGGCGAGCAACCAAAAGCAGCAGAGCAGAAAGCCAGCUGAGGGCGAAGCAAAAGGGAAGGUGGAGGAAGAGCUGCCGAUGAAGGACAGUCCGUACCUGCAGUACGAUAACCUGGAGGAUUACAAGCGCCAGGCAUACGGAACGGAAGGCCACCAACAGGUGGAGCCAGGGCGAGGUGCUGGCUCCACAGAAGCCCCCACCGUUUCCGGCACCACUGUCUCCUCUCAGGGGAUAAUGGUUGAUGUUGAUUAUUCGAUGCCCGUAGGCGCAGGGACGACUCCGGCAUUUUUCUUAAAAUGAAGACAUUAACAAUCAUAUUCUGGUCGCUCAAGUUCUUCGUAUAUUGUGUGUGUGUCUGUGUGUGUGUGUGUUUUUCAAAUACAUUCCCUUAAUCAUUUUCUUACAAUUGAUCUUGGAGAAGGCAAGAUUAAGGGACAUUAGUUUGGAAUUGAAUCAAAAUGGCAAACUAGGUAUAUCUGAUAGAUUUUGAAUAUUCUUCAAUCUUGUGAGGGAGAGAUCAAGAAGUGGUAAACUUAAAAAGAAAUGUAUUUUGGGACUGCUUCUGUAAUACUCUUAGUUUCCA